CUGGCACAGCUGCAAGCUGCAACACGCCGGUCAAAAUCGAGCCAGCGAUCUCGGCGUCGCCCUGCCUGGGCCCAAGUUGGGGAAGAAGAAGGCUGGCAAGGUGGCAAGGUGAGAGGCAGCGGCGCCCUUCUUGGGUGGGACCUCGGGUGCACAUUGACACAGCGUCAAGCUGCGAACAUGGAGGCUAGGAAAAUGCUGCGGCAUUUGAGGUUGACCUCCCCCACAUAUGCUUCUUGACACUAGGCGGUGUUCCUUUGAGAAGCUGUUUGCUUUGCCACCAGCUCAGAGAAUGGCGGAAUCCGUGUUGGUGAAUGCUGAAAAGGGCUGGUACACAGUCGGUGCUAAGCCGUGGCCCGUUGGGCUGCGGUACAUUCUUCAUGAGCAGAUUGGCUCGGGAUCGUAUGGGGACGUCUGUCGAGCCACGGACCUUGACACGAACGAGAAGAUUGCUUUGAAGCGCAUCCCCGACAUCAUGUGCUCCCCCAUGCUCGCCAAGCGCGUCCUGCGGGAAGUCUGCAUCAUGCGCCGCAUCUCGCACCCGUAUAUCAUCAAAGUCUCCGACGUUUUCCUGCGGGAGUCCACUGAGGUCGAGGAAGGGAUCGACCUGUACAUAGCAACAGAGUAUGCUCAGGAGGGCGACAUUUACCGGCUGCGGCGGCCGCUUACCCUGCCGGACGUCCGGAGGCUCAUGUGGGAGCUCCUGGUGGCCGUCCGAUACCUGCACAGCCAGCAGGUCUGGCACAGGGAUAUCAAGUCCGAGAACACUCUGCUCUCGGAAGGGCUGACGGUCAAGGUUUGCGAUUUUGGGCUUGCACGGUCCGCUCUUGGGGCGCCAAAUGACGAGGAGGAGUAUCGCAGUCUGUCGACGCCGUCAGGGUCCGGGAAAAAGCGGCGUUUGGAGCGGCAAUACACACGCACGGUGGUGACCCCGAGCUACCGCGCGCCCGAGGUCAUCAUGUCUCGAGGCCAGUACACGUCAGCCAUCGACAUCUGGUCGCUAGGUUGCAUCUUCUGGGAACUUCUGCAGCGGCAGAUGAACCCCCAGCGGCCCGGCCCGCCCCCCCGCCCGCUGUUUGGGGUGCGCGGCGAGCCCGCCACCCCGGAGAAGGGCGAGCUGUACGUGGACGACGGCGAGUCGCCGCUCGCGGAACAGCUUGACGUCAUCUUCGACGUGGUGGGCACCCCCCCCUGGCGGGACGUCGAGACCGUCCCGAGCGAAGCGUGGCGCGCGUACCUCAAGCGGCUGCCAGGCCGGCCCGGCAGCCUGGUACCUUCAAUGGCCGGUUGCGACCCCCAUGCCGUAGACCUCCUUUCGCGCAUGCUGGCCUUCGACCCCUCCCGGCGCUGUACCGCAGACGAGGCGCUCGCGCACAACUUUUUCAGGGGGCACCGCGGAGCCCUGGAUCUUCCCCCCUUGCCGCCGUCUCCUGCCGCCCUCCCGAACGCUGCCUUUUGGAUGGUUGGAGACCCCUCUGUGGCGCUCGGGCUGCUAGAGCGCGAGUUAGACCGGUCCGCAUACGAGGACGACGGCGGGCGUCAGCGGCUGACGUGGCUUCUAGAGCGCGAAGUCGAAGGGCAGCAGGCGCAGCACCGUGCUGCGAUGAGCGCCGCCGAGGACCUUCUAGCCGUUCCCGACCUGGAGGCGCAUUCGCCCGAGUUGUCGGAAGCUUUAGACGUACCGCCUGGAAACUAUAUUCUGGAAGAAGCGGUGCCGUCUAUAAGCCACACGGGAAGCAGCAACGGCGGGAGAGAAGGUGGGGGGAAUAUGGCUUUAGACGAGCGUGUUUCGAAACAGGGGGUAGGGGCAGCUGGGCGGGCACGGGCCAUGCUACCCCCCCGGAUGGUGGUGCGACAGGGCUCGUUCCGAGUUGAGCGACAAAUGCCGCCUAGGGGGGUGGCGAAGCGGGGGGUUGUUGAGCUAGCGCCGCUGCCCCCUCGAAACGGGGAGAACGUGGUCCUUGUUGCGCAGGGCUCGUUUUCGUCCGGACAGAAGCAAGGGCUGUCGCGGCUUGUCAACGGGGGAAAGGGUGGGAAUCUUCGGGCGAGGAGGGGGCAGGCGCAGCUGGAGCCCGUUGCUGAGAUCAGCGAGCAGGCGGCUGACGUCAUCGGCGAACGGGAGGCGCGCGCGCUGUGGAAGCGAGCGGCCGAGCAGGAAGCGUUGAUGGUCGCGGCCGUCGCGGCUGCGCGGGAGGAACCGGCGCAGCCGCUGAGGCGCUCCCCCCGGUUUAUGGGGGGUCCGAAGGAGGAGUUGCCGUACCGAAAAAGGAUACGAAUCUAGCAUUCUGGUGACGUUUCAUGGCACGGCUUUCACUUAUCUUACUACCAGAUGACUUGGCUGAUGUUACAGCCCUACCGCUGAUUGCUGAUUGGCUUAUGAUUUGAGAAUAAAGGCGUGUAAGCUAUGUGCAGACGAGAACCUAUCAGCUAUGGGAACAUUACGGGUGAGCAGUUAUCUACUGUGGCACGAACGCAAGAGCACCGAGUUCGGACACAAAGACAUGUACAGUAACAUUGACGGCUCCGGAUUGUACCGUCAACAGUACAAUUAUAUAAAACGCACCACGUGUAGGCUAGCAGGCGUCAGACUUGUAUCUCACAAGGUGACAAUUGCCCCAAUACACAGUCGAGCGCAAGCUCCUGGGCUGUCAAUCUUCGAAACCUCUGCGUACAUGGUGCACCAGACAAACGCCGGACCUAACUAAGAGCAUGGGGAGGCAAUACACGUUUGCCAAAGGAAUUUCAAAGGACGGUGGAAGGU